CGUGUCGCUGUGCCCUGCGAAUGCGCGAAGAGUCAGUGUAUUUCCGAUUUCUGAGUGCGGCUGCAAUAGCAGCUAGCAGGCAAAAGUCGCGCGACAUUUUAGCAACGAAUUCAAGUGCAACGCAAUGCAAGAACUGAAUAACCAGAACCAGAGUAUGGCGCUCAAGUAAAGCACUGACGUAGUGGUCGACAAACCUAGCAACACAGCGAGCCUCCACUCUUGACAAACACUAAACAACCGUAGAGGUCCGCCCCACAACACUGUCAGGAUGACAGAGCAAAAGAAUCAGGUGACGCGCGCCGCGCCGGAGCAGAGCAACGACUACCGUGUGGUGGUCUUUGGAGCUGGUGGCGUUGGCAAGAGCUCUUUGGUGCUGCGUUUCAUCAAGGGCACCUUUCGCGAGAGCUAUAUACCCACCAUAGAGGACACCUACAGGCAGGUCAUCAGCUGCAAUAAGAAUAUUUGCACAUUACAAAUCACGGAUACGACAGGAUCCCAUCAGUUUCCGGCUAUGCAGCGGUUAUCCAUUUCCAAGGGCCACGCAUUCAUUUUGGUCUACUCCGUGUGCUCCAAGCAGAGUCUAGAGGAACUGCGACCCAUAUGGGAGCUCAUCAAAGAGCUAAAGGGCGAUGUCAACUCUAUUCCCGUUAUGCUGGUGGGCAAUAAGUGCGAUGAGAGCACCGAGCUGCGUGAAGUGUCGCAAAUGGAGGGGCAGGCGCAGGCGACCACCUGGGGCAUAUCCUUCAUGGAGACAUCGGCCAAAACCAAUCACAAUGUCACCGAGCUGUUCCAGGAGCUGCUCAACAUGGAGAAGACGCGCACCGUCUCGCUUCAGCUGGACACAAAGAAGCAAAAGAAACAGAAAAAGGAGAAGAAAUGCAAGGAGACCAACGGAGCCAUACCGGAGAACGGAGAGGCCAGCGCCAGUGCCAGUGCCGGAGCCAGUGGCGCCGGCGUGAAGGACAAGUGCGGCGUUAUGUAACCAGUUUGGCAAGCUAAAUUCGUGACAGACAAAUACUCGCAUUGGAACAGUGGCAGGAUUUGAGAACUCAUCCCUCACAGACACCAACACACAUAGAAAUACACACACACAUGCACACGAACAAUGAUUAAACAUAUGCAUAUACAUAUAUACUAUAUAUAUAUAUCAUACAUUGGGACUGAUGUUGUCAGAACGUAGCCUGCAUAGAUGGGAAAUAUAUUAUUAAUUAUAGAUGGAAUGAAGCAAACCAAAAACGAAAACUAUAAGACAGCAUUACGAGUAUAUUUUGCAUACAUAGAUUUUAACCUUCUCUGGUCUCUAUCAGAAUGUAGAAGGCAAUCACUGAACCGCCCGCACAUUCACACCCACACCCACUCGCACACACACACACACAUAUAUAUAUAUACAAGUCAUAAAGUAUACAAAUUUCAUUUGAAUUCGGAAAACGUCAUCUGCAACGUAACGGCAUACAUAUCAAAUACAUAAGCAUACUACAUACAUAACAGGACAUGACAUACUCGCACUUACACUAUAGAUGUGUACAUUAUACAUAUAUCACAAUGCUAUAUAUAUAUAAGCACAUAUAUGCAUACAUAUGUGUAACCCAAAGGAAAAGCCAAAGUACCUACUUAAAAGACAUACAAUUUUAUCUACUUACUACCAAAGAUGAUAAGCCAAUUUCCAGGCCUAACUCAUCAUAUCACCACAGAUCAUCACAGAUCAUCAUUUUCACAACAGAUCAUGAAGAAGACAAUUCUGUAGCAUUUGUGGCACUGGAAUCGAGUGGAUCCAUCACAUUCGAUUGCUGCAGACGCGCUUAUCUGACUAUCAAUCAAUUGCUGUAUAACUACUAUUUACCACCAAAACCAAAAACGAAAAAGUUAAACAAAUGGAAUAAUUACUUAUUACUAACAUCACUUAUAAUGUAUAAAUAAUACUCACACACUCUAUUCACAUGAUCCCCACUUGAUAAUCCAGAGAAAGUAUGCAUACGAAUCGUGUGUGUUAGUUUCCUUCCUUUUAAUUGUUUUUCACUUAUGGUACUUAUAGAUUCUAGGCAGACAUAAUGAUUUAAGGACAGACGAAUGGAUGAAACGUGUAUUCAUUUACAAUUAUUUGCUGAAGUUUAUUAACAAUGCAAAACAACUUAGAUAUAGUCGAAGAUUAGGCCCUGCCUGACGGCCCGAUCGCAGUCCGGGAUCGGGGGAUCGUCAGGUUAGGCAAUAAGAACAAUUUUUGCCGCUCAUUCAGAAACUGUAGAGUUAGUGCUAGAGAUGGAGAUUACGAUCCCCGUUUACAUCGAAGUACAUGUGUUGCGAAAUGGUAUAUGAGUUGCCUGUUUUCUAAAAACGAGCACAGUUUACAAAUUGUGGUAUUUGCUUAAUUAUUAUAAUAGUUGGGUUGGCUUAGGAUUUAAAGUCUAUUAGCAGGUUAAUGGUUAAAUAUGGUAGUUACUGUUGAUUGAUAUUACGAGAGGGGAAGGCAUUAAUUAGUUUUUGCAAUUUAUAUUACGUAUAACCUAUUCAGCUAAUUAAAAGUAAUUCAUUUUCAUUGCUGUCAUGCCAAAUUAGGGGCAGAUAUGAUAGAGAGGGGAGGAUGGGGUAGGAAGGCCGAAGUAAUUAUAUUAAUUAUGACUUAGCUCAUUUCUUAUGCACAAUGCCACUUGCUCGUAUAGAUAUAAUUUAGAUGCAUAGUGGAUGAGGAGUUAUUCGAAAAGCCAAUCAUAGACACAAGCAUAUAAAAAAAAAUAAAAAACAAAAAAUCAAAUAUAUAACAUAGUACAUACUUAUUUACUAAAUAUUGUUGAAUUUGUCUAGUGAAAUUAUUAAACAAGAUUUUGAUAGCGGACCAAUUUGCGUAUAAGAUUUCUGAAAUCAAUUAGAUAAAUUCUCUCAGUUCGCCACCGCAAACCAAUGCAUACAUAGGUAUUUAUUAUAUAUGUAUAUGUAUAUGUAUAAUUCUAAUGACAGACUUCGUUGAAUCUUAUGUACGAUUAGCAUUAUCCUACGUGCUUUAGGUUUUCCGCUUAGUUUCCCUAGGUUUAGUUAGGUUUGUUGGGCUCUUGAUAGCGAAACGGGUUAUGGCUUAAAAGGGCGUGCCGAGUAGUCGAAUACACUGUAAUUAAUAAUUAAAUAAAUAAAUAAUACAAAUCAGAACAUGGAUACUUUGUUGCAUAAUAAAAUUAAGCGAAUGUUAUUUAACUGUAAUUCAGCAUCGAUAUGUACGUAUAUGUAAUUCAAAAGUAUAAUUUAAAAUACAACGAAUGAAUAUAUUUACACCGAA